AUGAAUGAGCCAACACGUUCCUUGAGUGGUCUCAUCUUGAAGAAUAAUGUUAAAGCACAUUUUCACAACUUUCCAAAUGGGGUAGCCGACUUCAUUAAAAGUGAAUGUUUGAACAACAUUGGUGAUUCCUCCUCCUUAAUUAGAGCUACUGUUGGCAUUCUGAUAACAACCAUUGCUUCAAAAGGGGAAUUACAGAAUUGGCCUGACCUCUUACCAAAGCUUUGCAGCCUGUUGGAUUCUGAAGAUUAUAAUACCUGUGAGGGUGCAUUUGGUGCUCUUCAGAAGAUAUGUGAAGACUCUGCUGAAAUUUUAGAUAGUGAUGUAUUGGACCGACCACUCAAUGUCAUGAUACCUAAAUUCUUGCAGUUCUUCAAACACAGCAGUCCAAAAAUAAGGUCUCAUGCUGUUGCGUGUGUCAAUCAAUUCAUCAUCAGCAGAACUCAAGCUCUUAUGUUGCACAUAGAUUCUUUUAUUGAGAAUCUUUUUGCACUGGCUGGUGAUGAGGAGCCUGAAGUACUCAAAAAUGUUUGUCGUGCUCUGGUAAUGUUGCUGGAAGUUCGAAUGGAUCGUCUGCUUCCUCAUAUGAUUAGUAUAGUUGAGUAUAUGCUUCAAAGGACCCAGGACCAAGAUGAAAAUGUUGCUUUGGAGGCUUGCGAAUUUUGGCUGACUUUGGCUGAACAACCAAUUUGUAAAGAUGUAUUAUGUCGACAUCUUACUAAACUGAUACCUGUGCUGGUAAAUGGUAUGAAGUAUUCAGAGAUUGAUAUUAUUCUGUUAAAGGGGGAUGUUGAAGAAGAUGAAGCUAUUCCAGAUAGUGAACAGGACAUAAGACCUCGUUUUCAUCGUUCACGGACAGUAGCUCAGCAACAUGAAGAAGAUCAUAUUGAAGAUGAUGAUGAUGACAAUGAUCUUGAUGAUGAUGAUACUAUUUCUGACUGGAAUUUAAGGAAAUGUUCUGCUGCUGCUCUUGAUGUCCUGGCUAAUGUAUUUCGUGAUGAACUUCUGCCACACAUCUUGCCCCUUUUGAAGGAAUUGCUUUUCCAUCCCGAAUGGGUAGUUAAAGAAUCUGGUAUCCUUGUUCUUGGAGCAAUUGCUGAAGGCUGCAUGCAGGGUAUGGUUCCAUAUCUUCCUGAGCUGAUCCCUCACCUUAUUCAGUGCCUUUCUAAUAAAAAGGCUCUUGUGCGCUCCAUUACUUGCUGGACUCUUAGUCGCUAUGCACACUGGGUAGUUAGUCAACCCCCAGACACACACUUGAAGCCAUUAAUGACUGAGUUGCUAAAGUGCAUUCUGGAUAGCAACAAGAGAGUACAAGAAGCUGCCUGCAGUGCCUUUGCUACUCUAGAAGAGGAGGCUUGUACAGAGCUUGUUCCUUAUCUUGCAUAUAUACUUGACACUUUGGUCUUCGCAUUUAGUAAAUACCAGCAUAAAAACCUGCUCAUUCUUUAUGAUGCUAUAGGAACUCUAGCAGAUUCUGUAGGACAUCAUCUAAAUAAACCAGAAUAUAUUCAGAUGCUAAUGCCUCCAUUAAUCCAGAAGUGGAACAUGUUGAAGGAUGAAGAUAAAGAUCUCUUCCCUUUAUUAGAGUGCCUGUCGUCAGUUGCUACUGCCUUGCAAUCUGGCUUUCUUCCGUAUUGUGAGCCUGUGUACCAGCGUUGUGUAAAUCUGGUGCAGAAGACUCUUGCACAAGCCAUGGUAUUUUUCUAUUGCUAUUCCAGUGUUUUCAGAAUAUCUCCUUAAACCAAUGUAUUAACUAUUUCUGAAACUCUGCACAAUGCUCAACCAGACCAAUAUGAGGCUCCAGAUAAAGAUUUCAUGAUUGUGGCUCUUGAUUUACUGAGUGGUUUAGCUGAAGGACUUGGAGGUAACAUUGAACAGCUAGUGGCUUGCAGCAAUAUCCUGACGCUAAUGUACCAAUGCAUGCAGGAUAAAAUGCCUGAGGUACGGCAGAGUUCUUUUGCGUUGUUAGGUGAUCUGACAAAGGCGUGUUUUCAGCAUGUUAAGCCUUGCAUCGCUGAUUUCAUGCCCAUUUUGGGAACAAAUCUAAACCCUGAAUUCAUUUCUGUGUGUAACAAUGCAACCUGGGCAAUUGGAGAAAUCUCCAUCCAGAUGGGUAUAGAGAUGCAGCCUUAUAUUCCAAUGGUGUUGCACCAGCUUGCAGAAAUAAUUAACAGACCCAACACACCAAAGACAUUGUUAGAGAACACAGCAAUAACAAUUGGUCGUCUUGGUUUCGUUUGUCCUCAAGAGGUGGCCCCCAUGCUACAGCAGUUUAUAAGACCCUGGUGCACCUCUCUGCGAAACAUAAGAGACAAUGAGGAAAAGGAUUCAGCAUUCCGUGGGAUAUGUACCAUGAUCUCAGUCAACCCCAGUGGAGUAGUCCAAGACUUUAUUUUCUUUUGUGAUGCUGUUGCAUCAUGGAUUAACCCAAAAGAUGAUCUCCGAGACAUGUUCUGUAAGAUUCUUCAUGGAUUUAAAAAUCAAGUUGGAGAUGAGAAUUGGAAGCGUUUCUCUGACCAGUUUCCUCUUCCCUUAAAAGAGCGCCUUGCAGCUUAUUAUGGAGUUUAACCUUAUGCACUUUAGCUGCAGUCCC